CAGCUAACAGAAAUAAAUCUAGUUUGGGUGAGGAAAUAUUCUGAAGGCAACUCUCCAUCUAUUCAAUAUAUUUCUCAAACCCAACUUGUAGACAUCUGCUUGAAACCAAUACACGUGGGGGGAAAAAGAAAUUCUUUGAAUAACAUUAAGAAAACAAAAACUAAGUCAUUUGAUUUCCAGUGGAGCAGUCUCAAUACAGAUUGAAUUAGAAGUUUAUGAAGAUGGAACAGCUAAUGUGCAAACACAGUCACAGAGAACCCCAGGUCUGCAGGCAAGGAGAGCGCAGCAUUACACAGGUGUCAAAAAUGUCAAUCACACGUCAUCUGCUGCUCGUUGCUAUGGCCUUCUUGAUUUACACGCUAGACCACGUUAAGGCAUAUGGAAAAGCAGAAACGUUGUGUGGCGGCGAGCUAGUGGACACGCUCCAGUUUGUCUGUGGAGACCGUGGUUUCUACUUCAGCCGUCCUACACGAUCAAGUCGCCGUACAAGUCGGGGAAUUGUGGAAGAAUGUUGCUUUAGGAGUUGUGACCUGGAAUUGCUAGAGAUGUAUUGUGCCAAAUCAACAAAGAAUGAGCGUGAUCUUUCCACGGCACCUGCCACUGCCGUGCCAUCGCUAAACAAGGAUAUGUUCCACAAGCAUUCCCACUCAAAGUAUUCCAAAUAUGAGAUCUGGCAAAGAAAAUCCACUCAGCGCCUACGAAGAGGAAUUCCUGCCAUUAUCCGUGCACGCCAAUACCGGUGGCAGGUAAAGCAGAUUGAAGAGGCUGAACAAACUGCACUUCACCGUCCUCUCACUUUACCAAUGAAACGACCCAUCCAGCUUCGCAGAACCUCUGAGUCUUUCCACAAUUGAGCCAAGUCCCAUCCUUUUGUUGGAUUUUACUGCCUUCAACGUCUUGUUUUCUAAUUGGGUUUUAUUUUAUUUUUUAUCAUCUCUGAUUGGGAGGGCAAGUGAGCCAGGUCUCAACGCUCUUUAUACAACAGGCCGGCUACUGAUGUGAGGCUACGUAGCUCCUUUACCCUCACCAAGGAGCAAACGGAAAAAAAGACGCCAAAUCGUGAACAAUAUUGUAGCGUUUUUGUUUUUUGGCAGAGAGAUUCUGUGGAUUUUUGUGUCCUGUUAUUUUGUUCUUCCUAAGUUUCAAACUGCAAUACCAUGUAUGUGUAUACACGCACAUAUACACGUGCAUAUACGCAAAAACGUUAACUAUAGCACAUUAUGACUGAACAGUGCUGUUGAGGAAUGCAAAAAAGAAAGUAUUUUAUAAUGUUUAAGUAUUACCAAGUUGCCAUCUGAGUUACCAAUCCUGAGAUGGAUGGGGGGAGGGAGACUGAAAUGUAUUUUUUUUUUUUUUUUUUUUUUUUCCCUGUCCCUUUUUAGAAUUUUAAUAUCUUUGACUAAAUUUGCACCUUUUUUUAAUGCCAGAAACGGUAAAGGGUCUGUUUUUUUUUAUUUUUAAACCUCAAUGUUUUUAGAACUAUUGGGUUUGUGAUGCGAUGCUUUGCAGUUUCCUGCAGCACUGGAGUAAAUGGCACAAGAAUUCCAAAUGUUUUUGCACCUUUUUCUAAACUCAUUACAAAGGAAGGAAGGCGGGAAUAUGUUGGGGGUUGUGUGUGGGAGUACGAUCUGCUUUGCACAUGUGCCACAGAUUAUGAUGAAUUUUAUACAUAUAUAAUAUAUAUAUUCUAUAACUUUUUUUGUUUAGUAGAAAAAGCAAGCACUAUUUUAAAUGGGAUAUCUUUUCUUAUUAAAAUGAAAGAGGGUAGGAUGAGUUAUGGUGCUAAAACCAUUAAGAAAGGAAGAUCAGGGUUUUGGUAUGGAAAAAGCCAGGAUUUGUAAAUCGGAGAUUGUUGUAUGGGGGGGGUGGAAUUUAAAUUGCAAAUAUUUCAUGAUUUCUGAGAUAAAUCCUGGUCAUAGCAUAGAGGUAAUUCUAUAUUGAACUUGAAAAAUUAAGGCUUUUCGUUUUAGGAAAAGUUUAUUUUUGUGUUUUUUUUUUUUGUUUUUUUGUUUUUUUUUAAGCCAUUUCUUUUUAUUUCUCUAUCUUUUUAGUGGGUGUCUUUGAAAAAAUAAAACCACUUAACAAUGAUCAUCAGAAAACUUAUUUUUUAUAUAUAUACUUGCAUUGUUUGCAUCUAGGGGAAAGGGAGAUUCUGUUCUUAAUAGAAAAACAAUACAUAUAGGUCCGUAUUUCUUUUGUGUAAUCGGUUAUAAUUUAUGAGCACCCUAGAAUUGUCUUUAGGAUAUCUGUUUAAAGCAACUUAAUAGGCCAGUUUAAGUUCCCCGGUUAACUUAUAUCACCACCAUCAGAAACUACUUGGCUGUAUUUAAGGCUUUAUUUUUUAACCUAUUUUUAUUUAACGUUAAAUUUAAAAAAAAUUGAACUCUUUUCUGUAAUUUACAGGAUACAGCUAAUUAAUGGGUCUACCGGUUAAUUAACCAUGUCCUGUUCAUGGCUUCAAUGUGUUGUGGUUCCUAAAUAGGGUUCUAGCUAUGCUAUUAACCCCUUUGUAUAGAGGUAAAUGGGACAAUAGUAAAAAAAAAUAAUAAUCUCUAAGAAAUUAAAGCAUUGGGGUCUACUUUUAAUCAUAUCUUCCUUUCCACUCCUUGACUUUUUUUUUUUUUCUUUGAUCAAUUGUUGGAUAUGGGCAUAAAGUUUUUGCACAGGGUGUGGCCGUGUGCAUCAGACUAGCGCACGUGCUAAAAUAUGAUGCUACAAGCUUGCACCAGUAAGUGGCACAAUCUAGAGAGCGUGAGUUGUCAUGAAAAUGGCGUCGGACCUUUCUCCACAAUCUAGAGCUCUUCAGAGAGUUUGGCUUUUCACUGAAGUAAGAUUUCUGCAGUGACCUUGUAACAAACAACUUUCUCAACUGGAUUGAGAUUUGAUCCUACAUGUUCCACAUCAGAUUCCUUACAUUAGAUUCUGGGAUUUUCUUAAACUGGUUACGUCAUGGGAUAUCAGGAUUUUUUUUUCUUUGCUGCAUUAUAAAAAUAUUUUAAACGUAAUCAUAAUGUUCCUUUGCUGGCAAAAGAAACAAUUACGCUUGGGUGGUGUACAGCUGUCCCCCUAUAGAGCUGAAGGAGAUUUCCUUGUCUGAUUCCACAGACCAUUUUGCCAUUAAUGUUUAUUUCCAAAUCCAAAUAAACUGCUUUUUUUUUGCAUAAAAAAAGUUAAUACAUUUCAAGGGGGGGGUUAUUUUAUCUUUUUUGUUAUGCAUAAUAUACAUUUUUUUUUUUUUUAAUUGAAUUUUAAUGUCCCUUUAAGUAGCAGGGGAGAAAUAGAAGAAUUUGAAUAACCAGUAUCUGCUGAUGAGGUCUUAUGAUGUUACAUAAAUGCAAUAUGAUUGUGUAUAAUAACCAGAACUGUGACGGAUUGUCAUUUUGGGUGAAACAGACUCCAGCUCCUUAGAAUUCCAAGAUCUGCCUCUAACUUUAGUUAAUUUCUGGACCUUAUUAAACAUCUGUAUUCCAUUUGUUGAAAUCCACGUCCAGAGCUAUAUAAUGAAACUACUUGCGUAUACUUUCAGGCCACCAACGCUUUUUCUCAUGCACUCAUAGUUGUGAGAAUUGGAAGAAUGUUUGGUGAUUACAUGAAGGAGCAUUUGCUAAUUAACUUUUAAUAUACUUACGUUAAACUAGUCCCUGUUUAUCUGAUUGUCCAAAUUAAUGAGCGAGUUUGUUUUAAUUAGGAACACAAUAUACUAAUGCACCAAUCAUAUGCUGCAAUAGAUUUUACGACCAAUAUGAUUUUGUGCUCCCAUAAGGUUAGUUAGCCAUUUCACUGAAAAAGCCCAAAAUAAUCCAACCAGUAAAUUGUUUAUAUACACUCGUAAAGCAGGGGUAGAAAAAAAGUUAUGGUCUGCUCCACAGCAGAAUUUGAUGUUCAGUUUAAGAAUAUAAAGUUUAUCAAAUUUCCUUUCCAAAGAAUUAUGGCUUUAUUUUAGCGUUUGACUCUUAUUAUAGUUGAACAUAAACUUAAUUGUUAUAAUUAUGUGACUUUUAUAAUCUAACAAUACAUUUUGAUGGAUUUAAUAUGUUCAGAUGAAGUCUUAUUAUGUAGACCUUGAUCACCAACUGUGAAUCUCUUUACAAUCUUUUUUUUUUUUUUUUUUCUCUUGAUUUAAAAAUUGAAUAAAUACAUUCACAAAACUUUCUAGUUUAACAGUGUAACAAAAUUGAACCCUACAUGUUUUUGAGAAUUUAUGUUUUGGUUUUACAAAACUUAACAUUACAGUCUCCCUAAAUCUCUCAUUUUAUGUGUAGGUGUGAAAAUGCCACAGUAAUGCACCAUUCAGUUCCUGACUAGUUCAGGACUACAGGACAUUUCCAGCUCCUGGUCACAACUAUACACAAUCAUUUUAAUGCCAGUUAAGCUUGGAACAAAAUAAUUUUCAUAAAACGCACCAGUUUCAAUUUCAGCUGCAGAUCUAAAAUAUUUUAUAGCUAAUAAAUUAGUUAAAGGCUUUGGGAAAUUUGAUCUCUACAAGAAAAAAAUAACAUUCCUGUGAAUCUGAGACUUUUCAAGUCUUUGCUGGGGAACAAUUAAAUUCAAUCUAGUUUUCUAAUUUUUACUUUUAUUCUCACGUUAAUUUUUAUUUUUGGCAAUUACUGAUCGUCCCUUAAACCUACUUAGUUUAUAACUUCUGGGUAUAUAGCUGUUCUACAUAUGUGUAACUGCAGCACUCUCUGUAUUGGAAAUAACAUGCAGCCUUGCCAGAGAUACAAAACUUUACCAAAGCAGUGAUGUCUGGGAAAUCCUAAAAAGAAGAGUCAAUGAGUGGGAAAGGAUGGGACUAAACUUUUUUUUUUAUUAUAUUAAAGGGAUAUUCCAGCCAAAAUUGGAAACCACAUGGGUGCAUUUCGGUAUUGAACAGAAGCAAUUUUGUAAUAUACAUGCAUUAGCAAAAAUGCUUCUCAUAAAAGCUAUAGCGGUUUCAAAGUGUAUUUAGGUAUGCACCGUGCACCAGCAUUUUAAACACAGCACUUGCUCAGAGAGCCUAAGGUGCUUGUACCAUCUGGUAAUGACUCAAUUUGUUAAUUGCUGACAUGAUACAAGCCCCACUGAUGAUCUAAGCAGCUGCAUAAUUUAAAUGUGAGUGCAGUGACAAUAUCUAGCUAUGCUUCACAUGCACGUGCAGAGACAAAUGUUAACACUAAAACAGUGAUACAUUUUUUACUAGAAGCAUUUUUGCUAAUACAUUUAUAUUGCAAAUAUGUUUCUAUUUAAAGAUGUAAUUAAUCUAUGUGCAUUUAAAUUUUGACCGGAAUGCCCCUUUAAGCUCUAGCCCCAUGUCUUUUUGUAACCUAGCAAUGCCAUUAUUCAGUUGCAAUGUUGUCUUCAACAUUCAGAACAUUUACAUGAAUGAUGAGACAAACUUCAAUCUUUAAACCACUUCUUUAUGGUGCAAUGAAAUGGACACAUUUUUCCCCUUUACAGAAACUGGCAUUGUAUUUUUUUUUUGUAUGAUGUUAGAGCUACAAUGCCACAUCCCUAAUAUUCACUGACAUUUUGUUGAAUAAUGUACUUUUUUAUAUUUUGUUGGUUCUAUGGAAAUCACAUCUUUCAACAUGAUGUAAGCCAAAGUAGCUUAAAGGUAUAUGGAAGUCGAAAUUAAAUUAGUUCAGAGAGUUUACUUUAAAGGGACAUAAAACACUAAGCAAAUGCUAGAUAGAAUGAUGCAUUCAAAGAAAAGAUUAGUCUGAGAAUACCGUUUAGCUGUAUUUUAUAAAGUUUCAUUAGCUGUUUAAAGAUCGAGAAAAUAAGUGUAAAGUUUUAGUGACUAUAAAACAAUGGGAGCUGCCAUGUUCUAACUUAGGUUACCUUUUCUGCUGUGGCCAAUCAGGGACAGUUAUAAAUAGGUCACUAGAGUGUGCAGCCAAUGGCUGUGUGGAAUAUAACAGUGUUCUGCACUUCCAUUUCUAACAGGAACUGAAAAGCUCACAAUUUCAGACUAGAAUUACAGGAAAAGGGAGCAUAAAUAAUGAAAGUAUAUUGCAGUCUAAAACAUUUGAGAUAGUAAUAUAAAAUUAUAAUGUCCCUUUUUAAUAGAAAAAAAGUCCAAUCUAUUUUGACAAAGGAUACCAAGAGAAAAAAAAGGUAAAUUGGAUAAUACAAAUAAACUAGAAUUUUGAUUUAAAUUGUAUGCUGUAUCUAUAUUGUGACUUUCAUGUUCCUUUAAAAGCAUCUGAGUAGUGGGGGGGCUUCAUUGGUUGUGCUUUGCUGCCUUAUCUGCAUCAUAUAAAUGGGAAAACUACUUGAAUUGUACAAUAUUUCAUGUUAACAAGACAAAAUAUUGGUUGGGUGGGAAAUCACAAAACUUUUUUUUUUUUUUCCUGUGUAAUCCAUUUUAUAUAAUAUUAAUAUUAUCUUGCAAUGUUGAGCCAUAUCUUUUUUUUAAAAAAAAAAAUAAAAUAAAAAUCUUAUAUAUAAAAAAAAAGACUGCAAUUUUACAGAAACCUAAACAGCUGUAUUUAUUGAUGUAAGAAAAUAAGGAGAAUUUGUAGAUAGCAAAAUAGUCAAAUAUGGUGGAAAUCGCUACUAAAAGAGAGCGACUUUUAUUUGUACUUUGUACUUGUUUGUACUUUUUAAAUAAAGUUUUGUAAGUGCUUUGUACCAAAAAUAGCAAAAUGAGAACAUUUAAAUUUGUUGGAUAAAAACAAAAAUGAUUUGCAGGCUGUUUUGUACAAAAUAGUUAUUUCCAAUGUAGUAAUGAUUGUCUUAACACUUGCAAAAAUAAUAAAAAUAAUAAAUAAACUGGUUUUAGUAGCCUAAUAUAGUCUGAUCCAUUUCACUUCCUAAUUAGCAAUGCAAGUUUAGACUUUUCUUCAGGUUUAAUACUUGAGAGAACCUGUUCAUUGUUGAAGGGUUUUGCUCUCUGAAAUGUUUGUUUUAUUUUUUUCAGGUUCUUACAGCAGGGACUGCUUAAAACAAAUCAGUGUCAAUUUUUUUAUUGUUUAUUAAUGCUGUGUCAUUUACUUCACAAACACCUUUAUAUAGUUAACAGAACUGAACCAGGUAUCUGCAUUCACAAAUGUAUUAUGCAUCUGCCUCUGCAACUGUACCACAUCAAUAUUACACAAACUUUGUAUAUUUAAAGGACAUUUUUAUUUGAUAGAUGCAAACUGAAUCUGUGCUGUCAAACCUUCAUAUCGGUCUCUGCUGAUCUUCUUGGAUACAAUAUCACAGUUUUGUAUCAUAACUUUUUGCCUUACUGAAACAUUUAAGCAAUUCUAAUUACAAAGAGCAGCCUAUGUUACUGUGAGGGAAAGUGCACCAGCACAUGAACACUUUUUUCAAGUGGCCAAUUGGGAACUUGAUUGGCUAUCAGUGACAAACCUGGACUCAAUGGCCCUGCACUAUAUGAAGGAUUUUUAUAUUAUCUGCCAUUGGACUGUUGGCUGUUGUAUGGUUAUAUGAAUAAGUGAUGAACUCUUAAAUGACAAUGACAGGAUACAUCCGUGUCCUAUCUUGUCCAAACUGUGUGCACUCAUUGUAAUACGCAAAUCAUGAAACGCCCAGAUUCUGCACGUCUUAUACCUUUUUUUUGUUAUAUCAAUAAAGAAAAUCUAUCAUACCAUGA